UCCCCGCUCUUUAGACUCGCUCGCCAUUUUGAUAAAGUCGAGUGAAGCCGAGACGACUCAGUUAAAGUUGCAGAGAAGCAGCGAGGUAAACAACGACAGCGGAGACGCCCUGAGGGAAAAAAACCAUAAAUAAAUAAACAUUAGCAGAAAACAAUGAGUGGUUGUCGCGUCUUCAUCGGCCGCUUGAGCCCGCACGCCAGAGAGCGAGAUGUGGAGAAGUUCUUCAAGGGAUAUGGACGCAUUCGGGAAAUUAACCUGAAGAACGGAUUUGGCUUUGUGGAGUUUGACGACCACAGAGAUGCAGAUGAUGCUGUGUACGAGUUGAACGGCAAAGAGUUGUGCAGUGAAAGGUGGUGGUGGCGGCGGCGGCGGCGGUGGAGGUGGCGGAUAUCGCCCGUCUCGCAGCAGUGGCUCCAGGUAUGGACCUCCUGUGAGAACUGACCAUAGGCUCAUUGUGGAGAACCUCUCUUCACGGAUUAGCUGGCAGGACCUGAAAGACCUGAUGAGAAAAGCAGGUGAAGUUACCUUUGUGGACGCUCACAGACCCAACAAAAAUGAAGGAGUGGUUGAGUUCGCAUCUCGAAGUGACAUGAAGAACGCCAUCGCCAAGCUUGAUGGGACAGAACUGAAUGGACGCAAGCUGAAGAUCUUUGAAGAUAGCAGAAGUCACAGCAAGAGUCGCUCCCGUUCCCGAAGCUACUCUCGCUCAAAGAGUCGUUCCAGGAGCCGCAACCGUUCCAGGAGCCGCUCCAGGUCUGCCAGUCGCACCCCAGAGAGGAGGUCGUCAGGAGGGGGCAAGGCUGCUGCCAGAUCCCCCUCCAGGUCCAAGUCCCGCUCAAAGUCCCGCUCCAGGUCUCGCUCGCGUUCACCCGCCCCCGCUCAGAACAAACAGUCUCGCUCCCGCUCUCGUUCUCGCUCUCGCUCUCGUUCUCGUUCUCGUUCUCGUUCGCGUUCCCGCUCUGCCUCAGCAGACAGCAAACACUGAGGUUGGUUUACCCGUAGGCCGUAAAAUAGACUGAUAGUUGCUCACCAUAGGCCUGAAUGGUGGCUUUUGAUUUUUAAUGAAGGGGAGGAAAUUGCCUUUUACAUGGCUUCUUUUGAAAUAAGAUCUUGAGUCAUUAAUGUGCCCACUUUGCUUGUUGAUGUGGGUCUUUUGUUAGAUGUGCUUCCAAGAUUUUUUUUUUUCCCUCAUGAUUUACAGAAGUCCACCUUUUUAAACCCCUUCAUAUUUUGAUGAAAUACCAAGUGACGGGGAAAACAUUUUGAUCAGUGAUGAAACCCCGUCAGUCUUGCAGCCUGUCCUAGCUGUCAGCCAUGUUACGAUUCCAUCCACUCCCCUGUGCUUUGUUGAAGUGUUCAGAGCAGUUCAAGGUUAGGUGGGAAUGGUAUUCAUUCCCCAAAAUGUUGACGAGUAUGUGUUUUGUUUGUAGUGCGAACUCUUGGCAUUGUCAUAAAACUGUGAUUCUGCUUCUGAUGUCACGUGAUGCAUUCACUGCCCUGAUAUGUGAACUUAAAUGCGAACGUCUCCGUUGGUGGUUUAUUUCAGCUUUCUUGUGUAAUGCUUAUGGAAUCUGGUAUUAUUUUGACUGGCUUUUUUUUUUUCCCAGCCUGCGUGUAUUCAGGACACUUCUCGUGUGUUGUGAUUAAUUUCUUUGCGUUCAUGUCCAUUAUC